AUGUCAUGCUCCAACGGGAUGGUUUAUGACUCCUGCGGCUCGUCCUGCCCCGCCACCUGCUCCAACACAGACUACAACUGCGUGGACGACCACUGCGUGGACGGCUGCCACUGCCCGCGCGGCACGUUCCUGCAGGACGGUUCCUGUGUGACGCGGGACCAGUGUCCGUGUACCUACCAGGGCAAGGACUACGGCGCAGGCGACAGGAUCACCAGGGACUGCAACGAGUGUGUGUGCUUCAUGGGCAAGUGGACCUGCACUGAACAUCAGUGUGAAUCCACCUGUUCCGUGACUGGAGAGAACCACUUCCAGUCGUUUGACGGCGUGCGGUUUGACCUGCUGGGAACGUACCAGGCUUCCUUCAUCCUGGCCACUAACAUCCGCAGGGACGACGACCCCUUCCGCAUCACCUACAACAUACACGACUGCCACAAGGAGCACUGCAAGAGGUCCCUGACAGUUGAACUUGGCGGUAAGACAAUGAAGAUGCUCCCCGAUCACGAGCUGAUGAUUGACGGGGAGGAGAUCAUCACCCUGCCUUACCGCUCUCAUGAGUUCUUUAUCGACACUGUCUCAACCAUCUACCAAAGGGUCACAACAUCAAAUGGCCUGAACAUCUUCUGGGAUGGGAAGCACCGUCUGUACGUGUUGGCCAGUCCUGAGCUGAUGGGCCGCACGUAUGGUAUGUGUGGUAACUACAACAACAAGCAGAAGGACGACUUCCUCACCAGGGACGGCGACGUGGAGAUCACAGCCACUAACUUUGCAGCUAAGUGGAUAGUCAGUGGUUCCGGACCCAAGUCUGAUGAAGGCACCCAUCAUCCGUGUGAGAUCUACUCCCAGAGGAGGAGCACUGCUCUCAAGUCCUGUCAGGUCAUCAGAGAGGAUCCAUUCACAUUGUGCCAUGACUUGGUGAACUUCAAGGCUUACUACGACAACUGUCUGUACGACUGCUGCGCAUCAGACGCCACAGACGGACUGAACAACCUGUGUGAUGCCAUCGCAGACUAUGCAUUCGCCUGCGCAAAAGCAGGUGUUAAUGUGGACUGGAGGAACUCCGUGCCCGGCUGUGAAAUGACCUGCAAUGGUGACAAAGUGUACUCACACGAGGCACCCAGCUGCCAGGUCUCCUGCGGGUCUCUGAAUUCAGCCUGCACACAGCAGACAGUGGAGGGCUGUGUCUGUCCAGCGGGUAUGGUUCUAGACUACGACGGUCACUGCGUGAUUCCUGAGCAGUGUUCCUGUAUACACGAGGGCAAGGAUUACGAGGCAGGAGAGACCAUCCGUCAGGAUUGCAAUAUUUGUGAGUGCCACAAGGGUUCUUGGGUCUGCACGGAGAAUGAGUGUCCACAGGAGGAGGAGUGUCCGACCAACAUGGAGUGGUCCCACUGUAAAACAGAGUGCCCAAGAACCUGUGAGAACAUGCACCUUAGGCAGACAUGUAUUACCAGGAAAUGUGUGGCUGGCUGCCAGUGCAACAAUGAGACAGUCUGGAACGGCAAGUCGUGCGUUGCCCCCGAGUCCUGCCCGUGCCAGCAUGGCGGCAGGAGCUACCAGGAGGGGCAGACCAUGAAGAUUGACUGCAACACAUGCCGUUGCCAGGGACGCAAGUGGACUUGUGAGACAAAUGAAUGCCCAGGGGUGUGCUCCUCCUAUGGCGACCCUCACUACAAGACGUUUGACGGGAAGGAGUAUGACUACCAGGGUGAGUGUGAGUACGUGCUGGUGCGCAGUAAGGACAGUAACGCCCACCAGUUCUCCAUCACCACCGAGAACAUCCCCUGCGGUACCAGCGGCGUCACCUGCACCAAGUCUGUCACCGUCUCUGUUGGCGUCGGGAAAAAGAUCAGGAGAAUCACCCUCGUUCGCGGGAAGCCCAUAGUUGCAGACCGUGGCUCUGGAUUCUAUGUCCGAACCGCCGGCAUGUUCCUGUUCCUGGCCACGGAGUUUGGCCUGAGUGUACAGUGGGACAAGGGCACCAGGGUGUACGUCAAGCUGGACCCCAUGCACAAGAACCUGGUUGAAGGUCUCUGUGGUAACUACAAUGAGGACCAGAAUGACGACUUCACCAUGCCAAACGGAAUCGCAACACAAGACGACAACGACUUUGGUGACUCUUGGCGCAGACAUGACUACUGUCCUAAGGCCAAGGAGAUCAAGGACACCUGCUCCCUCCAUCCUCACAGGAAAGCCUGGGCUCAGCGUCAGUGUGCCAUCAUCAAGUCGGACUUGUUCAAGGCUUGCCAUGCUUUGGUUCCAUAUCAAGGUUACCUGGACCGGUGUGUGUUUGACGCCUGUGGCUGUGACAGUGGUGGUGACUGUGAGUGUCUGUGUACAGCUGUUGCUGCCUACGCUCAAGCCUGCAACUUCCACGGUGCUUACGUCAGCUGGAGGACCCAAGAGUUGUGUCCUCUGCAAUGCGAGGGCUGCAUGAGGUACGCCCCCUGCGUAAGUGCCUGUCCGAAGACCUGCACCAACUACAAGCACUGGGAUAUGGUGGACGAGAAGUGUGAAGAAACAUGUGUGGAGGGCUGUGACUGUCCAGAAGGGGAAAUCCUGAGUGAGGAUGGGAGGCAGUGUGUCCACCCUAAGGACUGUGUCUGCAUGCAUGUGGAAGGCAAGGCCUACUACGAGGGCGACAAGAUUGAGUCGAUGUCUGAUGACUGCCGUAGCUGUUACUGCGUAAAUCGGGAGAUUCAAUGCAUUGGUCUUCCAUGUACAGAGUCAACAACAACGCCUUGGAUGCCAACAAUGGCAGAGACCACGACCACGACUACCACUCCAACUCCUGAGCCAACAACACUUGCUACUACAUCCUGUCCGGAGGACAAGCUGUACCCCUGCUCCUUCACGUGUGAGCAGACGUGCCAGUGUUUCCGUUCCGUGGUGACGGAGUGCGAGUAUGGCUGGGACAAGACCUGCGUGGCCACCUGUGGUGUCUACAAGGGGUGUCCAACUGGACAGCUGCUUAGGGACAUCGACACAUGCGUCAAGAUCGAGGAGUGUCCGUGUAGGCUGGAGAACGGUACAGUCGUACCGCCUGGCACCUCAUGGAAGGAGGACAAGUGUACAUCAUGCGUCUGCUGGAACAACCAGAUGAAGUGCGUAUCUACCUGCCAGACUACAACACCAGAGCAGAGAAUGAGCACAACCACAGUCACUACCACCACAGCACCAGAGGUGACAACUGUGCCGGUGACUACAGAGUGUCCACCAGGCCAGGUGUUGCAACCAUGCUCCUUCACGUGCAAGGAGACCUGCAACUCCUACAGGAAGAAGAUCACCGAGUGUAAGUUCGGAUAUGAUGAGACGUGCUGCCCAAGGUGUGGCGCGCCUCCCAAGUGCCCUCCUGACUACGUUCUGUUGGAUGCCAACACCUGCUGCAAGGUAGAAGAGUGCCCCUGUAUGCUUGACGAUGGCACCAUCAAGCCGGCUGGCAGUGUCUGGUGGAAAGACAAAUGUAAUGUCUGUAGGUGUGAAGACAACCAGGAAAAGUGUGACAAUGUCUGCGGAACAACUACCCCAGAAACUGAAACCACAACUCAACCUGAGACCACUACAACAGGGACAUACACCACUGGCACCACAACAAGGACAUACACUACCACAUCAGAGACAUACACCACCACUGGGCCAGGGGAGACAACAACGUAUAAAACACCAAGGAAGGUGACAACUCCCUCUUCUACAACAACCUCAGAGACAUACACGACCAGGCCAGAACAGACCUACCCUGAGACCACAAGGCCAGAGCAGACCUACCCUGAGACCACCAGGCCAGAGAAGACCUACCCUGAGACCACAAGGCCAGAGAAGACUUACCCUGAGACCACCAUGCCAGAGAAGACUUACCCUGAGACCACCAGGCCAGAGGUUACUGAGCCAGAAAAGACCUACCCAGAGACAACCAAGCCAGAGGUUACUGAGCCGGAGAAGACCUAUCCUGAAACAACCAGGCCAGAGGUCACUGAGCCGGAAAAGACGUACCCUGAAACAACCAAGCCAACAAGAAAGGUUACAACUCCAGGAACCACAACUUCAUCUGAGACAACCAAGCCUGAGGUUACUGAGCCUGAGAAGACCUACCCUGAGACCACAACGAAGGUGACAACUCCAGAAACAGCGUACACUACCAAGCCUGAGACAUACACCACCAAGCCUGAGACAUACACCACUAAGCCCGAGACGUACACCACCAAGCCAGAGACAUACACAACUGUGGUUACAACAACAUACAAGACACCAAGAAAGGUUACAACUCCUGCUGAGUGUAAGAAGAAGGUUUACGGCUGUUCCUUCCGUUGUGAGGAGACCUGCCACUGCUACAGAUACAAGAUCACACAAUGUGUGUACGGCGACAGGAGUUCCUGUGUGCCUACAUGUGGGCCUUGUCCAGCUUGUCCCAAGGGAUACAUCAGGAAAGACCGUGACCACUGUGUCAAACCAACCCAGUGUGACUGCAUCACUGCUGAUGGUGUCAUUGUACCAAAACCUACACCACCAAGCCUGAGGUAUACACCACCAAGCCUGAGGUAUACACCACCAAGCCAGAGAGCUGGACCACCAAGCCAGAGGUGUAUACCACUCGGCCUGAAGUCUUCACAACAGAGAGGACUACCCCCUGUUACAUUCACUACUGAAGUCACUACCGAAUGCGACAAGAAGGUGUACGGAUGUUCUUUCAAGUGUGAGGAGACCUGCCACUGCUACAGGCUCAAGAUCACCCAGUGUGUGUUUGGCGAUGCUUCUUCAUGUGUCCCAACAUGUGGCGAGUGUCCACCUUGUCCCAAGGGCUACAUCCGCGUAGACAGGAACCGUUGUGUCAAGCCUACUGAGUGUCCAUGUGUCACCGCUGAUGGAACUAUCAUACCUCCUGGAACAACAAAGAAGGUGGAUGAAUGCACCUCGUGUGAGUGCUACAACAACAAAAUGACCUGCAAGAACAUCUGCACAACUACUACCUCAACUGUUACUACACCAACAGUAUACACCACCAAACCUGAGGCCUACACCACCAAGCCUGAGACCUACACCACAAAGCCUGAAACCUACACCACCAAGCCUGAGUCCUACACCACCGGGCCUGAAUCAUACACUACCAGGCCUGGAGAGACCACAACUGGCUAUAGAACUGGCCGUAAGGUCACAACACCAGGUCCAGAGGAAACGACACGCCCAGAGACCUACACCACCAGGCCAGAAUCCUAUACAACACGGCCAGAGAGCUAUACAACUAAACCUACAGUACCUACAACUGCACCCGAAUAUCCAACAACUAAGCCUAUGCGUACAACGCAAUGUCAGAAGAGGGUGUACGGAUGUGCCUUCAAGUGUGACGAGACAUGUCACUGUUAUAGGUACAAGAUCACCCAGUGCCAGUAUGGCGAUAGAAGCACGUGUGUUCCAACUUGUGGAGAGUGCCCACAGUGUCCUCCAGGGUAUCUCCGCAAGGACCAGUACCACUGCAUCAAGCCAACAGAGUGUGACUGUAUCACUGAUGGAGGUGUUGUGGUCAAGGCGGGAGAGACGAAGGAAAUUGAUGAUUGCACUGUAUGCAGGUGCUACAAUAACAAGCUUGUGUGUUCCAACUUCUGCUCAACAUCGAGUGUAACUACCACAACGAUGAUUGAAACCACUGGCUACCAACCGACAAAGGAGUUAACCACAGUUACAACAACCUCUGAAACAUACACCACUAAGCCUGAGACCUACACCACCAAGCCUGAGACAUAUACCACCACUGUGCCUGAGACCUACACUACCAGGCCAGAGACUGAUACAACAACUUACAAAACGCCAAGGAAGAUUACGACACCCUCUACAACGACAACUACCACGAGACAUGGACCACCAAGCCUGAGACAUACACUACCAAGCCGAGACGUACACUACCAAGCCAGAGACCUACACCACCACCAGGCCUGAGACAUACACCACCAGGCCUGAGACAUACACCACCAGGCCUGAGACAUUACACCACCAGGCCUGAGACAUACACCACCAGGCCUGAGACAUUCACCACCAGGCCUGAGAC